GGGGGGGAGGAGUCGUGGGAAGGAAAACGCAGCUGGAGAGCCACACGUUUCCCUCCUUCCCUACAUAAAACACAAGUACAGUAAUAAUACUCUAGUUGCGAGACCUUUUUCAGCACACACAUUUUUCUGCGGGUACAUUGUCUUGAGAAUUCUGGCAGGAAUGUAAAGAGUUUCAAUCAACUGAGUUGGGAACUGCUGGAAGGAGAGGGUGGGAAAAGACAAACUUCUCUAACAGCGAUUUUGGAUACGAUUUUAAAAGGGAAGUUUUUUGAGCGCAAGGUUGGCAACCGCGAAGCGCGAGACAAAUCUACACCUGGCAGGGCGAACAAAAUAAACGUUAAAUGCUAAACUGUCCUCGCGCACCAGGUGACAGGGUAAUGCGAGGCGCACCAUGGACGGCCAGUCCCAGUCCCAGACCAGUUCAGCCGCGGAGAAGAAGAAGAGGCUGGAGAGCAUCGUGGGAAGCCGACGGUCCUCCGGCCGGGCCGAUGUGAGCGAGAAGGCCGUGGCCUCCAGCACCACCUCCAACGAGGAUGGGAGCCCUGGGCGCCAGCACCACAGAGAGAGACGCAACGCCAUCACCACCGCCGCCGCCAACUUCGGCAAACCGUGCCAGGAGCCGCCCACCGCCGCCAUCGAGGAGCGCCCCCUGCUGGUGAAGACGGAAGCGCACGGCUCACUGCCCCAUGUGGCUGACUACGCCCUGCCCUGCCGCGGGAUGCUCUUCCCCGUGGACCCCCGGAACGGAUACCUGGAGGCCCAGUACUCCACGCCUGCCUUCUUCCCGCCGUUCCAGCCGCCGGUGCCCAUCGAUGACCGGCACGCGCAAGGGCGCUACGUCUACGAGCCGCCGCUGCACAUACCCUCUCCUCUGUCAGGCAGUCCCUUUUCGGACAUCUCCCUGAUCCGGAUCUCGCCCCACCGGAGCCCCUCGGCUGGGGGGGGGGAGUCCCCGUUCAGCGUGACGCACCCCUACGCCGGGCCCUACAUGGAUUACCUCCACUCCCUCCACAGAAGCCCCUCCCUCUCCGUCAUCUCCGCCGCCCGGGGGCUGAGCCCGCCUGACGUUGCCAUGACCGCAGCGGAGUACUACCACCAGAUGGCGCUGCUGGCGGGGCACCGCAGCCCCUACGCUGACCUCAUCCCGCCCGUGGGGCUGACGGCGGCGGCGGCGGCGGCGGCCGGGACGGGCGCCCUGCACAUGGAGCACCUGCACGCUGCCGAGGGGUCCCAGUUCCCCGGCCCCCGGAUGGCGUCCCGCCCCAGCCGCAAGCGGGCCCUGCCCGUCUCCCCCCUGUCCGAGCACAGCUUCAACCUGCAGUCCGUCAUCCGCAGCUCGCCCAACUCGCUGGCCAGCAUCCUCAACAGCUCCCGCUCCAGCUCCUCCGCCAGUGGCUCCUACGGCCACCUGUCCGCCGGCGCCCUCAGCCCGGCCCUGAGUUUGGCUUUCCCCCCGUCUCCCUUGGCGAUGCAUCACCCGCACAGGAUUGGACGGCCGCCGGGGAUCAUGGGCGCGGCCUUUGGCCACAGCCCGCCCCUCAUCCACCCCACCCCCACUUUUGUUGCCCAGCAACCGCUCCCAGUAGCACCCCCUGGACUGGGGUGCACAGACAGUGGAGCGAUCACCUCUGACUCCUCACAGAACAAGCCCACGAGCGAGUCAGCUGUGAGCAGCACAGGGGACCCCAGGCAGCACAAGCGCCCAAAGACCAGGCCUGAGGAUCAGCCGUCCAGCCCCGAACCAGGAAGUCUGCAGGUAGGGGCCAAUUUGGGACGAACUGGGGAGCCUUAUCGGCUUCUUAUCAUGAGCUUGUCUCUCUCUGUCCUUGUUUCUCUCAUCUCUCUCUAUAUAUAUUUCUGGAUAUAUCAAUUUCAUCUCUCUCUGCCCAUAUCAUUUACUAUUGGAUCUUUCACUCACUCACAUGCACACAUGCGUACAUGCACACACAGACUCACAGCACAUGCAAGCGUAGAACAAUGUGUGAAAAUUGUAAACACUUUGUCCCCUUCCCAUUCGGCUCCUCUUGACUAUAGUGUGGUAUUGUGUGCUCUCCCCCUGCAGCACAUAAACAGCGAGCACAUCCACGGGGAGAGGAAGGAGUUUGUGUGCCGCUGGGAGGAGUGCUCUCGGGAGCAGAAGCCCUUCAAGGCGCAGUACAUGCUGGUGGUGCACAUGCGCAGGCACACCGGCGAGAAGCCGCACAAGUGCACGUUUGAGGGCUGUGUGAAGGCGUACUCUCGGCUGGAGAACCUGAAGACUCACCUGCGCUCCCACACCGGGGAGAAGCCCUACGUCUGCGAGCACGAGGGCUGCAACAAGGCCUUCUCCAACGCCUCCGACCGCGCCAAGCACCAGAACCGCACACACUCCAACGAGAAGCCCUACGUCUGCAAGAUCCCGGGCUGCACCAAGCGCUACACGGACCCCAGCUCCCUGCGCAAGCACGUCAAGACCGUGCACGGGCCCGAGGCCCACGUGACCAAGAAACGGGGCGACGCCCACCCCCGCCCCCCGCCGCAGCCCCGGGACCCCGGCGGCCACGGCCAGGGCAGGCCCCCGGGGCAGGCUCCCCACGGGGGGGUCCCCGACCGAGGGGACUGCAGCCGCGCCGCCCCCGAGGACGCCUGCGUGAGGGCGGUGAAGACCGAGAAACCUGCGGCAUCUCAGCCUAGCCCUGGCGGUCAGUCUACACACAGCAGUGGCCAGUCCCCCCUGAGCGCCCGCUCCGGUAGCGAGGUCCAGCUCUCCCUAAGGUGGUGCCCCGUGGGUGAAGAGGAGGAGGAGGAGGGUGAUGAAGAAGCUCCCAUAAUGGACUCCACCGUGUCAACCGGCACCCUGGCCCUGCGUGGCCGUGGAAACGCUGCCCCUCUGCGGUGGGUGGAACACAUCAAGGUGGAGCGGCUGAAGCAGGUGAACGGCAGCCUGCCCCGCCUGAGCCCCACGGCGCCCCCUGGAGGCCCCGUGCUGCCGCCCAUCACAGGGGGAAGGGGCAGCUACGGGGGAGUGUCCCUGCGGCCGGAGCUGUCGGGGACGGACGUGACGGUGCUGAGCCUGCUGAAGGAGCGCCGGGACAGCGGGGGCAGCGCGGUAAGCUCCGCCUACCGGAGCGCCAGCCGCCGCUCCUCCGGCAUCUCGCCCUGCUUCUCCAGCCGCCGCUCCAGCCAGGCCUCCCAGCCCGAGGCCGGCCACCACGGCCACCCGCGGCGCCACAACCUCAGUGCCACCGACUCCUACGACCCCAUCUCCACCGACGCCUCGCGCCGCUCCAGCGAGGCCAGCCAGUGCGGGGGAGGCGGGCCGGGGGGCGCCCUCACCCUCACCCCCGCCCAGCACUACCGCCUGAAGGCCAAGUACGCGGCCGCGACUGGAGGUGCUCCCCCGACACCGUUGCCUAGUAUGGAAAGGAUGAGCCUGAGGACUCGCAUGGCCAUGAUGGGGGACUGCCAGGACACCGUUCAACAUGCACUGCCCCCGCUGGCGGGGAGGACUCAUCGCGGCAGCUAUGGGAGAAAUGAGGUCUGUGGUGCAUUCCCUCAAGAGGUCAUGGGUAAUUCGCUGAGGAGGGCCAGCGACCCAGUCCGGACUCAAAACCACGACCCCCUCAACCUGCCCAGGGUGCAGCGUUUCAACAGCCUCCACGACCUGAACCCCCUGCCCCCGCUUCCAACUCACCACCUCCCCAUGGAGGGUAGAGGCCCGAGCCUUCAGGGGUACAUGCGCUUCAAUGGGAACCCCCAGCCAGGCCCUCCCCCGGCCCAUCCAGAGAGCAUCAGGGAAAACACGGAAAUGGAGACCCUUGCAGUCAAGCAGAGAGGAGGAGCAGAGGUGAUCGGGGUCCCUCUGCUCGGGGAGGAGGACAUGCUGCCCGAUGACGUGGUGCAGUACCUCGUUUCUCAGAGCCAGGGAGGGACGUACGGAACAGCCUCCGCCGGUACGUCUGGGAGCAGGAACCCUAACGGGAUGGCAUUGGGUCAGCCGUACCAAAGCUCGGGACGGCAGGCACAGGUUGGCGACUCCGGUGUGGAGGCCAUGCCCGUGCAGUGGAACGAGGUGAGCUCAGGGAGUGCAGACAGGUCACCCGAGAUGUGGAGCCAGAGCGCCGGCAGCCCUUUCAGCGCAUUUGGCAACAUGAUGGUACAACAGCAGCAGCAGCUACCGCCAAUGCCCAUGGAGGUCCAGCAUCCAUAUUCUCACCUCCAGAGUGACUUCCAGGAGGUUAACGUUGACAGAAGUUUCACUGAUCACUGCUGCAAGCAGGAGACAGAGGCAGUUACCCGAAAUCCAUGCAGAGCCGCCUCCUUAGAGGUUUCCCAUGAGAUGCAAAUGAGUAAUCCGUCCAUGCACCAGGUAGCCCAGGCCACCAUUUCCCAAGUGCCCAUGCGUCUGAUGCGGUCGGCCUGUCCAGGUCCACCUCAAUUCACCAAACCUCAAGCCAGCUUUCAGGAGAAUCAGUCUGCACACAGGCUAUUUCACAGCAACCCAUUGCUCCCAGAGGCUGGAUCACAAGACCCUGCCACACACAUCCACUUCCAGGGAGUAUCCACACAGCAGCUGCCCAGUGGAGCCUACAGGAUCUUAGCCAGACAGCAGGGCAACCCGACCAUGAGGAGUACUGGCAGUAACCCCACUCUCAGCCAGCAGCAGGGAUUGAGCCUAGCGGGAGCAAGGAGUGGGAGUACGACUAACGACUUGCACACCAGUCAGUUGAACCUGAAGAUGGAGGAUCGUCCCCAGGCUGGCCCCUCAACCCAGCUGCAGUUAGGCUUCCUCAGCCAGGGUUUCCAUCACCUCCAUGCCUCGUCCUCCCAACUGCCCUCCUUCUCCAGUUCCCAUGGCAACAUCCCACCCACCGCCACCAACAACCCCGCCCUGCCCUCUCCAGGGAACGGCCGGGUGACUAGCACGGCAGAGGACGCCGCUGCAGGUCCCUCGAAUGGUGCGGCGCUUGAAUUCGACGCCGUCUUAGACGAUGGGUACGAACGCGGUAGCCUGUUCUCGGAGGUCCUGAGCCCCCGUGUGUUCAGGAACCUCUCCCGGACUUCGUCCCGCCUCGCUGGCCCCCGUGCCUCUGUGGCCGUGCACAGCAUGCCUUCUGGAGUCAGCAACAUGGCCAUCGGCGACAUGAACUCUCUACUCACCACUCUUGCCCAGGAAAGCCAGUUUCUUGCUGCGAUGCAGUAGGUGCUCGGCAGAUUGUGCAUCUGCAAAAAAGGGAAUGUGGAAGAGGAGAAAGGAAAAUGUUUUCGUUGUCGUUUUAAACUAAUCCCCUGAAAGCAGGGGGGGCACAAGACCUGUGUAUUUCCAUUUUAUGGAAUUAAGGCUGUAUUCUGGCCCUUAUUUUAUAUUGUUUUAUAAUAAUAAUAAAUUGAAGAAGGUCCUUCAACCCAGUUAGACUAAAGCAGAGUUCUGCAAUGUUGACGUUUACUUGCCAAGACUGUUGGCAUGAAUGUGCAAAUGCAUUCAAUAUCAAGGUCAAAUUUAAACUGGUUUUUUGCUUUGUCAGCACCUUGAAGGGCAGGAAGUUGUCCUCAUGUCAACAAGUUAAAACGGGUAAUAAACUGCAUUCAGAUCACUCCAAAAUAAUGUUUUUUUUAUUUACCAUGCAUCAAAUCAGUGUUUUAGUGAUAUACAAUGAAUUUUCCAUGUAAUUUGGUUCUCUGACAUUCCAGGUAAAUAUACAGUUUUCAAACAUGACUAUUUUCAAAUCUUUUCUUUUAAAGACACAGUACAGUCCACUGGCAACCCGUGAGUAAAAAAUGGGAGAGGACAAUAAGUUCAAUUAAGAAUUUUAAAUUCUUCAUGAAAAUUGUUUGGAAAACAAGUCUGUCGCCUUCAGUUGAAUAUUGUGGCUAGGCCUUAUAUGAAGACAAUAUUUCUGCUGUUUUCAUGCACUUAAAAAGGUUCACUGCAAGUGCGCAGACUUGGAGAGACCAUCAGUUUCUUUAUUACAAACAAAGGUGCAUGCCAUGUAUAAGAGGGCUCAUGUUUUGCUAUGAUGUUUACGCACUUCACAUUCAGUUAUGUUUUAGUCCGGACCUGCCUCCAGUAUCUUACUGUUAUAGUGAAGAUGAUUUAAUGUAAUCCAAUCCCAUUGUUACCAUCUACAUAAUUAUUGUUACCACAUUAAAGACAGUUUAUAAAAACUA